GCAGUUCAUUGGGCAGCAAAACAUGGUAAAUCAGAGGUGGUGAAACUGGUGUUAAGUAAGGGCAGCACUGAUGUGAACAGGAGAACGAAUGGGGGCUACACACCUCUACACCUUGCCUCCAUGCACGGCCAUGAACAGAUCAUAGAGCUACUGGUACAGACAUUCAAAGCUGAUCCAAACAUUCGAGACUUCAGCGGAAAAAAGGCAAAGCAGUAUCUACCCAACUCAGCAUCCACCAAGGCCCAACAAAUGUUGCUUUCCCGUCGACUUGGUACUUCAUUAGUAUCAAGCAGAUCUUUAGAUGACUCCUUUUUACGAAGUACUUCAUUUAGAAAGAGCAAUCGUGCUAAAGCCAUCACAUCACUCAUACAAACCACAUCCGCCGGGAUGAGAAAGGCUAUGCUUCGGACAAGUUGGCAGGGAUCCUGGGAGAAUAUGUCCAGUGAUCGUACACACCGAGGUCUACGGUCCCGUAGCCCUAGCUCCACCCCUCCAGGGAGUGCCGGCCCCUCACCCAGUACUCCCCGCCGAGGCGUCAGUGCCGGCGAUCUCAUGCCGCCUCCGACAGCACCGGCCAGACGAAGUAGACACCACCAAGAACGCACGGGAAGUAGAGAAAGUCUGGAUGAAGAAGAAGAAAGACGAAUGAUGGUUUCCAGAUCAGAGUCAGAACCAAACUUUGGAAAUGUGCAACAAAACAAAAAGACCUAUGUUUGAAGUUUUUAGGAUAUGUUUUAACCUUUUGUUAUAAUUGAGAUUAACUCUUAAAAAGGAAAAACAAAUAGGAGAUUAUGUAUAUAAAAACACAAGACUUCUAUAUGCGAUCAGAUUUGUCUUACAUUGUAUACACACAUGUACUUAAACUCCUGAUAUACCAGCACACUUACUUGUAAUAUUUCAAUUUCACAGCUAUAUUUAAUCUUUGUAGGUACUGUAUGUUGUAUGUGCUCAAAUUGAAAUUGCAAACAAUGUCAUUUCUGGUUGUGUGUUAUAAUUCACCUCUGAUAAAAAUGAACUACUGAUAGUGGGUUCCGUCCUCCUGGUGACGGUGGUUUGGUAUCAUCAGGUCAUAUCAUUGACUGGGUUCAUUCAUACGGACGUUUAAGUAGAUCAUACGAGAAUGGAUUUUAGUUUACUACUUUUGGUUGAUCCCGUAAUUAUACUGAAAGUAAAUUGAUGAAAUCUGUUCUGAAAUAUUUUUAGAUAUGUGCACACUAUCAAUAUUAUAUUUUAUCUCUCCUUUAUCCUUCAAUGUCAUCAGAUGGCAGGGAUUUAGACUUGUUUACAUUGUUGUUAUGUACCAUUGUUUGAUGUUAAGUCUGUAUCUGAUAAGUCUGAUCUGUUAAGUCUGGUCUGUUAAGUCUGUAUCUGUAAAGUCUGUAUCUGUUAAGUCUGUAUCUGUUAAGUCGGAUCUGUUAAGUCUGUAUCUGUUAAGUCUGAUCUAUUAAGUCUGUAUCUGUUAAGUCUGAUCUGUUAAGUCUGUAUCUAUUAAGUCUGUAUCGGUUAAGUCUGAUCUGUUAAGUCUGUAUCUAUUAAGUCUGAACUGUUAAGUCUGAUCUAUUAGGUCUGUAUCGGUUAAGUCUGAUCUAUUAAGUCUGUAUCGGUUAAGUCUGAUCUGUUAAGUCUGAACUGUUAAGUCAGUCUGAACUGUUAAGUCUGAACUGUUAAGUCUGAACUGUUAAGUCUGUAUUUGUAGUCUGUAUCUGUUAAGUCUGAUCUAUUAAGUCUGUAUCUGUUAAGUCUGAUCUGUUAAGUCUGUAUCUGUUAAGUCUGAUCUGUUUAGUCUGAUCUGUUAAGUCUGAUCUGUUAAGUAUGUAUCUGUUAAGUCUGAUCUGUUAAGUCUGUAUCUGUAGUCUGUAUCUAUUAAAUCUGUAUCUGUUAAGUCUGUAUCUGUUAAGUCUGAUCUGUUAAGUCUGAUCUGUUAAGUCUGUAUCUGUAAAGUCUGUAUCGGUUAAGUCUGAUCUGUUAAGUCUGAUCUUUUCAGUCUGUAUCUGUGAAGUCUGAUCAGUUAAGUCUGUACCUAUUAAGUCUGAUCUGUUAAGUCUGUAUCUGUUAAGUCUGAUCUGUUAAGUCGGUAUCUGUUAAGUCUGAUCUAUUAAGUCGGUAUCUGUUAGGUCGGUAUCUGUUAAGUCGGUAUCUGUUAAGUCUGAUCUGUUAAGUCUGUAUCUGUUAAGUCGGAUCUGUUAAGUCUGUAUCUGUUAAGUCUGAUCUGUUAAGUCUGUAUCUGUUAAGUCUGAUCUUUUAAGUCUGUAUCUGUUAAGUCUGUACUGUUAAGUCUGUAUCUGUUAAGUCUGUAUCUGUUAAGUCUGUAUCUGUUAAGUCUGAUCUGUUAAGUCUGUAUCUGUUAAGUCUGAUCUGUUAAGUCUGUAUCUGUAGUCUGUAUCUGUUAAGUCUGUACUGUUAAGUCUGUAUCUGUUAAGUCUGUAUCUGUUAAGUCGGUAUCUGUUAAGUCUGAUCUAUUAAGUCGGUAUCUGUUAAGUCUGAUCUAAUAAGUCGGUAUCUGUUAAGUCGGUAUCUGUUAAGUCUGAUCUAUUAAGUCGGUAUCUGUUAAGUCUUAUCUAAUAAGUCGGUAUCUGUUAAGUCGGUAUCUGUUAAGUCUGAUCUGUUAAGUCUGUAUCUGUUAAGUCUGAUCUUUUAAGUCUGUAUCUGUUAAGUCUGUACUGUUAAGUCUGUAUCUGUUAAGUCUGUAUCUGUUAAGUCUGGUCUGGUCUGUUAAGUCUGUAUAACUGUUCCAGGAUUUUGUUGACGACUAUUAGUUCUGGAUUACUCACACUUGAACUUACUCGGUCACAUUCAUAUUAUGAUGUUAGGUUAGAUAACUAUUUUCAAUUUUUCUCUUAUUUAAAACUUGACAUAGGUGCUUGUGUUUACAGUAGAAAGUGUAACACAUAUGUAUGUAUGUACGUGACUGUAUGUGUGUACCAGGAAAGAUGUCUGGUAUUUACGGUACACACUUGUUUGUGUGUACAACAGGAAGUAUGACACGUUUGUACAGGUGUGGGAAUGUGUGUAACAGAAUGUGUGACACGUUUUUGUUAAAGAUAGUAAAUUAAAAAGUAACUCUUACAGGUGGAGAGUAACAAAAAGCUAAAAUAUAUAUGUUUACAGCUGUUUUUAUCAUGAAACAUUAAGUCCUUGUCUACAGGUGUUACAUAUAAAUCCCAUCUUGUGAUGCACUUUACAGACAUUCAGUUCAACAUUGGUGUGUUAAAUAAAACAAAAAUAAUUGAAAAACAAAAAAUAAAAAUAAAAUAUUGGGAUCAAUCUUAGCUUGCUAUCAGCAAUGAUAAAAGCACAGAACCAAAAUGAGAGAUGAAUAUCUUGACAAGGGAAGUAAAUGUAAAUACAGAAAUGUCUAAUUUGUUUAUUUUUCUAUAUACGAUAUAUAUGGUAGCAUACUUUAAGUUAAUAAUUAUUCGAAAUUCUUACUCUUCUUCACGAUUAUAACUGAUGCAGUGGUAUCGCUUUGAGCUGUUGCAUGUUUGGCCUGUGAUAAUAACGGUGAACGGAGAGUGAGUGAAUUUUGUUUCAUUCCAUAUCUAUGAAGGAUUUAUCCAAUAGGUUUUCUAUUAAGGUAAUAAAGAUAUGUUACUGAAA